AUGACUGCUUACUGGGCGUUUUUUUUACAUGCCCGAGAACGUUGUGAUUUUAUAUUAAAUAGGACACCAAACUAUCACACUUCCGUUUCGAAUCUGGCUAAAUAUUGUUACUUCUUCAUUCUUGACUAUAUUGGUGGUCAACAUCCCAUCAGAGUGCUAAUUCAUCCACCCUUUUUUUAAAUCUUCGUUUUAAAUUACCGACGAUUGUAACUGACGUUUUCAGGGCACGCGGUGGGCAGUGACUGUCGGACGGCAAACAGUUCUCGUCAUAAAAGUUAGCUAACGUUAGCGAACCAGCCACGGGGAUGGCGGAGGUUCCUGGGACGUCAAGUGAGACGAUAACGGAGACAGUUCAAACCAGCACGCCGCCACCACCUCAGCAGGAGGGCCGCAGCCUGACAAUCAAGCUGAGGAAGAGGAAGACGGAGAAGAAGGUGGAGUGGUCCAGUGACACGGUGGACAAUGAGCACCUGGGGAGGAGGUCUUCCAAAUGCUGCUGUAUUUAUGAGAAGCCUCGGCAGUUUGGCGAAUCGUCAUCCGAAAGCGAGGGAGAUGACGAUGACGACGAAGGGUGCGGCAGCGCACACUGUAUCCUGGGCCACGGUCGGAGGGAUCACGGACAGAGGGGGAGCGGGGGAGCCACGGUGCCCCCAAAUUCUGGAAGGUCUCAUGCUCACUAGGGAGCUCUGCAUGGGGGUGAGGGGGUCAGAUAUAUUGGGCGAGGGAAGGGUUCCUCGUCGCAGCAAUGGCACAAAGCAACUUAAGUUGAGCUUCAUGACAAAAGGAUAGAAAGAUCUGAUGCGGCCUUCAUCGUAUGCUCCUGCAGCCCCAAAGGUGACUUCAUCCCACAUGUCCAUCAUAUCAUACACACCACGUCUAAACAGCUCACUAUUCAAAGCAUGUUUGAAGUUCAAGUCAGUCACCAUGGAUGUAAGGCAGCAUAUGGAAGGGCCUUUAAAGAUGGAAGAACAUGUAGUGUGCUGUCUUCUUGUAUAUUUGCUUUUAACCAAGUAUCAUACACACACCAGACGUGUACUACAGCAACGGGUGUGGGGGGCUUUGUGCUGCUCUUUAUUAACAAUUGCAAGGAGAUGACAGCCUUGACGAUGAUGUUGCACAUACACAAAUCCAAAGGUUUGUCAACUUGAAUGAAAAUGUACUGUGUCUGAUUGUAGGCCGCUUCCUCUAAAUCAGGGGUGUCCAUCUGUUAUCCGUUGGACCACAGCACAUUCUUAAAAGUAUAGCAAUACCGGCGUUCCUGGCUACAUCGCUCUCUCACUCUAUCCCAGUUUUUCAACAGUUCAUUAAUAAAUGGUCAUUGUUUCAUUGUUGACCAUGGCCUAUUAUUAGUCAAAAACUUUUGAAAGACAAGUCAUGUCUAGUAUUCUGGUCACGAGGCAUCACUAAUGUUCCAUUGAUGAGACAUCAGCUUACAUUGCAUUAGCUUAACUUGCACUGCAUGGAGUCAGCCAUGGAUGUAGAGUGGGAAAAAAAAAAGUUCUCUCAUUCCAUGUGGAAGUGGUAAGUUUUUGGCUUCUUUGUCCUUUUUCCCCCCACUCUGUUUCAAAGCCUUUUAGUGAGGAUAGAUAAUAACUUUUUUUUUUUUAAUGCCAUGCGAUUGACCCACAUUAUGUUCAAGAUAUUACAACAACAAGGAACUUCACCAAUGCCAGCGUGUGAGUUUUGUCUUAUCACUCAUGUCUACUAUAUCAGCUAAUAGGAGUAUAAAGGUGACUAUAGGGGUGUUAUUUCAUGUCUACAGGGCUCAAAUAAUGUGAAAGCAUAUUUAGAAGGUCAGAAACAGAUUUUCUAUGCUCUACCAAAAUAUUCCAUGUAUUAAUAUGAAUCCUACUUGGCGGAAAUUCUUUCAUCACGGUCAGUUCUGAAACCAACAAUGAGAUGAUCUAUGGCAAGAUAAUAAAUAGAACAAGCAGUAUUUUUACAAAGAUAAAGUCAAAAUGUAAGAGAAAACUGUAGUAAUCCAACAAGAAAAAGUGGUUUUACAAGAAUCCUAAUACUGUAAGAGAUUUCAUGUUCGUUAAAGUUUUUGAAAAUUGGGUGGGCGGAAAAGUUAUAGUAAUAUGGAAAUAAAGUCAUAUUACAAAUAGAACAUUUAUGAUAUUAUUGAAGAAGAAAGUUGAAAUAUUUGGAGAAUUUUUAAAAACAGCCCAAAUGACGAAACUGAGAUGCCUUUUUUUCUUGAAAUCGAUAUAACUUUUUAGCAUAUGCUUGAAAUAUCAAAGUGGCAUAGUUGCAUCCUUUCAUUUUUCACUAUGUGGCCCUCGCCGGGAAAAGGUUUGGACACCCCUGAUCUAAAUCUUUUAUACACCCCAUGGCAAAAAUGAUGGAAUCACCAGUGUCGGAGGAUGUUCAUUCAUUCAGUUGUUUAAUUUUGUAGAAAGAAGGCAACUCACAGACAUGACAGCAAACUAAAGUCAUUUCAAAUGGCAACUUUUUGGCUUUAAGAAACACGCAAAGAAAUGAAGAAAAAAAAAUAGUGGUAGUCGGUAACAGUUACUUUUUUAGACCAAUCAGAGGGAAACAAUUAUGGAAUCACUCCAUUCUGAGGAAAACGUUAUGGAAUCACCCUUUAAAUUUUCAUUGGCAAAACUAACACCAGCAUCAGAUUAGAUCUGCUGGUUAGUCUGCAGUUAAACAGGAGUGAUCACACCUUGGAGAGCUGUUGCACCAAGUAGACUGACAUGAAUCAUGGCUCCAACACGAGGGAUGGUGCUUGAAACAAAGGAGAGGAUUAUCACGGAAUGUUGCAAGAUUUUGGUUGUUCAGUCAGCUGUGUCUAAAAUGUGGACCAAGCACAAACAUGGGGAGGUUGUGAAAGGCAAACAUACUGGUAGACCAAGGAAGACAUCAAAGCGUCAAGACAGAAAACGUAAAGCAAAAUGUCUUGAAAACAGAAGAUGCACAGCAAAAGAAAUGAGGAACAAAUGAGAGGAAACAGGAGUCAACGUCUGUGACGGAACUGUAAGAAAGCGCCUAAAGGAAAUGUGACUUACAGCCAGAAAAGCUCAAUCAAAGCCAUCAUUAACACCUAAAGAGAAACAAACAAGGUGGAUGCUGGACUGUGGAAGACUGGAUGAAAGUCAUAUUCAGUGAUGACUCGUGAAUCUGCAUUGGACAAGUGUGUGGUUUUUCUCCGGGUACUCCGGUUUCCUCCCACAUUCCAAAAACAUGCAUGUUAGGUUUACCGGCGACCGGCGUUGUCCUUAUGUGGCCUGUGAUUGGCUGGCGACCAGUCCAGGGUGUACCCCGCCUCUCGCCCAAAGUCAGCUGGGAUAGGCUCCAGCAUACCCGCGAACCUAAUGAGGAUAAGCGGCAUAGAAAAUGAAUGGAUACUGCCUACUAAAUUAAUUUUCUUCUGGUGUUUUGGUGUUUCUUAAAGCCAGAAAGUCAUCAUUUGAAAUGACUUUAGUUUUGGGUCAUGUCUGUGAUAUGCUUUUUUUUCCCUAAAAUGAAACAAUGAAUGAACACCCUCCAAGACUGGCCAUUCCAUCAUUUUUGCCAGAGGUUGUUUACAGCAUAAGCAAGGACGCACAGAAGGAUCAUUCCUUUUUAAAGAAUUCCCUCAGUUGUGUGGGUCUGAUGGUUGAGUCUUAAAGAAACUACAUGAGUACUACAUGACAGCAAGCAGCAGAAGUUUUGCUGAUUGGGUCUCAGCUACUGUAUGAUGCGGUGCGAAGAGGAACAUCAUGAUGUCAGCUGUGUUGCACAGUACAUUUCUUUGCAGCGUGUACUUUGAAUAGAUGGACACUGCAUGAACACUGACUUCUACUUAUGUUUGCAAGCGUUACAAACACAACAUACUAUGGCAACCGGAUCGGCCCGAUUUCAUGGCGGAAGCAGAUACUGCAUUAUCCGAUCUUCAAAAUACAGAGGAUCGGCAGUCGAUCCCAAUCCUAUAGAUCAGAUCGGGACAUCCCUACUUAUGCCCUCGGCAGGCUACCAAAUAUGGAAGAUUGACUUGUUGAUGCCAGUGAUGACUUUCCAGCUGCACGUCAAAUGAUUCAUAUAAUGUUCGUAAGCCUGGGCCACACUCCAACAUGGUACGUGCGGUAAUGCGGCUGAAAGCUGGUUGCCACUUGACUCGCGCCACCCACAUGAAGAAGAAAAUGCAACACCACCAUGCAGACGUGUCCGCAGUGUAAAGUGGUGAAGUUAGUUUCACGUUGGAUAUUUGGCUCCAUAGCUGCAGCAGUAGUUCUCCCUCAUUGUGCCCGUACUGCUGUGUCUUGGUGCGGGGAGCUUGCACGGGAAGUGCCGCUCUAACCACUGGUUGUAAAGUCAUGAAUACUACGUAUGACUUGUCUUUCAGUGGUUUUUGACCAAUAAUAGGCCAUAGUCAACCACCAAACAGCAAUCAUUUAUUUAUUCACUUUUGGCAAACCACGAUAGAGUGAGGGAGCGAUGUUCAAGGACGACUGCACACACGUGCUAUACAUACACAUGACCAGGAAAACAACAAUUUUCUAAAAAGAAAAGACAAUUCAAACCACAAGCACUUACAUGUGGGAAAUGUGGAAAACAUUUCAUCAUUUCAUAAAGCAAAACACAAACGUAACAAACUUAGCAGUGUUUGAAAGCCAACACGCAGCCCCUCCAAUGCGACAAGUAUCAUUCCUCUACCAUCAGAACUUUUACUCUUAUCCCGUAGUAAACAUAUGUACAUUUUCACAUCUACAAUAACCAUCAAAAGGCUUUACUGUCACACUAGCAUCAUCAAAAUACACCAGGGGUGUCCACACCUUUCCCAGCUUGGGCCACAUAGUGAAAAAUGUCGAUACAGCACGCUAAGAAGGUAUGUGUAUUUCAAGAAAAGACUGCAUCUCAACUUUGUCAUAUAGGUGAAAAAGCUUAUUAUUAAUAUCAACUUCACGCUUUUUUUCCCCCCAUUUUUGCUGUUUGUUUUUUUAAUUUUUAAAGUUUCUUCUUAAAUAAUCUUUGUAAAUUUUCCCUUGAUAAAAUUAUGACUUUAAUUUUCCAAAAAUGACAACUUUUUGUUUGGUUGUUGUUCAUAAUAUUAUGACUGGGGAUGUCCGAUAAUAUCAGCCCACCAAUUUUAUCGGCCCGAUAAUUGGCAUAAAAGUGUAAUAUCGGUCAAUAUCGGUAUCUGUAUGUUUCCCUAUAAUGAAAGCCAAUAAUAAACAUACUGCUGUAUGAAAGCCUAUGGGCUCUCAUAUUUUCCGGUGCGCAAAUGAUGACCUCAUCAAACCGCCUCUCAAGCGUGUAAACACCCGUGGGUAGCUAAUAGCAAGCUAGCUCGCUCCUUCCAUUCCAUCCAUUUUUGAUGCUGCUUAUGCUCACGAUAGGAAUGUUGCAAUGCCUGGAAGUAAGCGAUGGUAAAAUCUGACAGUGUGUCCGCGCUCGAUUAAAAAAAAACAUUUUUUUUUAAUAAUUAUUAUUAUUAUAUCAACUUUUUGCUCCUAAAAUUGUUGUUUUUCAUAAAAUUACAACAUUAUUCUCAUAAAAUUGACUUUUUCUUGCCAGAUUACAUUUUUCCUCUUAAUAUUUUGACUUUAUAACUGCAGAUUUUUCCAUUUUUGCUGUGAAAUGAUAUUUUGUAACUUUGGACACCCCUGGUGUACACCUUGGCCAUGCAUGCACAGUGCAGUGGGAUUUCUUUUGCGAAUGUCUUUUCAAGGUUUGAAGAGGUGAAGUGAAGGUGAAGAAAGCAAUUGAGCCAAUUUAAAGUCACACAAAGUCUAAACGAGGCCAGGGAAUGUGAAUCAUUUUGGACAAAUUUGAAGUCAUGCUUUCAUAUUUAGUUUUUUCUGAUUCAAUCGUGUGCUCACAUUGUUUUUCCUUUUUGGCUUUUUUUUUUAAAUUAAGUAGUAUAGGUAGGUAUAUUUGCCACUACAGUACUUUUAACAUUUUGAGUUUCAGAAUCAAAGCCCAUUUGAGCUCUAAAUGGCAAAAGUGUCAACUCACGCAAGUUUUAUUAUUCUUAAAGCUCAUUGAAAUGGUCACUGCAUAUUUUGGAAAGCAAAAAUGUACUGUGAUCAUUAUUAUGAAGAAAGCAUUUUUCUUUCUUCUUACAAACCGUUUUUACGCAUGACAUUGUGCAUCAGAUAUUUUGGGGGAGUUUUAUUCAUUUCCUCGGGGGUGUGAAAGGAGUAGCUUGUUGGCAUUGGGGUGAAUAUAUUUCCAUAGAGUGUUGUUGUGAAAGUGCAUGACUGCUGCCCAAAGCUUUGUACUCCUAUCUCCACUCUGCACAGUUCACAAGAAGUUCUAGGGAACAUUUUUCUUUUUGGAUUAUAUGCACCUCCCACUUGCACAGCGAUUCAUCAUCAUCAUCAUCAUGGUAAUAAAAUGUACAUUGGUCUUGUACUGGUAACGUGUAAAUACAAUGAAGCAUCAUGAAAUCUAAGUGAAUGUUCAUUAAACGUUUUGAACUGUGA